ACAACACAAGGUGGCCAACAGACUUAUUAGUAGGAAAAAGCCGUAGAACUGCGCUGAUGAUGUUUGGAUUUUAUCCGGUAAGAGAUGUCGUUGUAAGUAUUGCUCCCUCUGUCAACCAUCUCGAUGGAGGGACCUCCGCUUGUGUCUCGACACUCGAUUGACGAUGAUGACGUGCAGGGUCUAGGCUAUGGAGUCGGUGAUAGUGGUAGUGGACCAUUUUCUGCGGCUUUGCUCGAGCCCAAUGUACAAGAUGUGAUGAGCAUGGAGCUGGCCCAUCAUGAUAUGGGUGGAUAUCUGGAUCCGAGAAGCUUUGGCGGAGGUGCCCUUGGAUUCGAUGACUACAACACUUCAUCCUCUCUGUACGACGUGAAUACCUCGUUUGGUGAUGACAUUACAACUGACCAGAAAGAGCUGUUCAGUAAUGAAGCAGUUGCCUUCACACAAGUCAAUCCUAGCUCCCAGGCCAAACCAGUAAGAACCGAACAUAAUGCAUCUGUGAUUCCUAACAAUAAAUACGAAAACGUUCUAAGGUAUGAUCAAACUAGAAAUGUUCCUACUUAUCCGGUGAAAACAGCGGAUCCAUCUACAUGCACACAAUAUGCUCCAGUGAGAACACUAAUUAAUUCCUCCAUCAAAUCCCAUGGAAGUUCAUCUAGUCGACGUACCUCGUCGCGUAGUGCGCAGAAAAAGGAAGCGAUAGAUCCGAAGAGAGUCGAAGAUGAAGUCGCUAGGAACGUGUCUCAAAUUCUAUCGGCAACAAAACAACAGCGUCUUGCAAUGGAAGCCCAACAAAGAAAUGGAACAGCUGCACCGCAACCCCCACGUAUAGCUUAUGCGUGUCCAGAUUGUCACAAGACUGUCACCAGCGCUAGAAAUUUGCAGCGUCAUCGUCAAACUUGCACCGCUAGAGUAAACGGUGGUAAUGGUACGGGAAUGCCUUCGUCCUCCUCAGUAUCCUCGUCAUCUGUUGGAAUAUGUCCAACUUCUACCUCAGUCAUGAUAUCGCCAACAUCGUCUUAUUCAAAUCUCUCAUAUAAUAAUUACAACAUGUCUGGCGAGGAUCAUCAGUAUGCAGAUUGGUCUAGAAGUAAUAGUUAUUCCGCUCCACAGUCGGUCUCCAGCCAGCAUGAACGAUCCAUAAACGAGCCGGCCGAUCAGCUCGGUACUUUGGACCCUAAUAGUAUCUCAUGUCGUCUGGAAGAUGCAUGUUUACAUCCACUUACUUUGGAUAUGGACGAACCACGGGCACUCUCAAGCAGCGGAUCUACCAGCUCAGCGUCCACGGGAACCCAUUCAUCUGGGGCUGUCUUUGUGUGUGAGUCUUGCAAAAAAUCCGUGUCUUCACUGCGCAGCUUGAAACGUCAUCAUACUACUUGCAAACAAUACAUAGCAGAAAAUGGACCUCCACCGGAGAGCGACCGCUCGUCCUCAUCUUAUCGCAGCUGCAACAGCGGUAAUUCAUCCGCUGGUGAUUUGCUUAUCUUAGCAGAAAAUGCCAAAGCUGUGAACUCUUCUGUUUCCCAUCAGAUUUUCAAUUCCACCCAAAGGCCAAACUUGUCCCUACCUCCUCCCCAACCUGCUGUCGUAUGUGUGAGGUCGAAGCUCACAGAUCAGUUUGAAUCGAGCCCAGUCGCCAAAGCCCCUCCUCAGUUACCACUGGUGACUUCGUCGUCAUGUCGAUGUUCGCUGACCGACUGCAACUGCACUCCGUCGACUUCACCUCAGCAGUCCGUGUCGUGUGCACCGAAACAAGCUGCUAACAACAACACAUGCGAGGACUGCAAUCGUCAACUGUGUUCAGCUAGUAAUCUCAAACGUCAUCGGGCUACGUGCAAGAUAGUGAUGCAAAAGCAGUACUCAAGAAAUGGGGGUGUUGUUUCACCAGUCUCGAAGCCAGUCCAACAGCAGAAGUGGCAACCAGUUGAAAUAGCCGCUCGAGAGCGAAUGAUCAUCGAUCGUUCUUAUGCAGCUGCUUUAGCGGCAAGUCAAGAAGCUCGACAGCAUAUGCCACAACAACAGUCCCAAAUGAUUACUCGAGCGGGUGGAGAUAACACGGGGUCUUUUGUGAUCGUCCAGGAUCAGGGUGUUGUUGGAGAAAGGCCAUGGAUCACUGUUGGAGAACAUCUUCGUGCCCAGCAUAUGCAGCAGAAAGUGCUCGAAGCUCAAAAUCUGCAGAAUCAGAACUCUCAGCCUUUGGGAUCGGGCUCCACAACGCAGUCGCUAGAUAGCAUUACUCCGCCGGACUCUGCCAAAGUUCUUUUGAACAACAAUAACAAUGAAACGCUGCCAGAAGAACAGAAAAGUGAAGAAUUCGAGAGUAUAGAUUCCGAGAACGAUACCAGUGCACAUGAAUCAGCGAGUCAGUAUCCAUCUGAACGGAAACCGUCUUUAACGUCAUAUAAAUGCAAUGUAAUAUCACGUCUACCUAUGUCUCAAUCAACUCCAGUAAUGCGUUGCUCGUCAACGGUAGAACAAAAACCAAUUUACGAUGUGAAAACGACAGGACCACAAGCAGGAACACAAAACUCGGGAAAUACUAUCACUCCGUUGGAAAGUAUUAUUACCACGCAGCCAUUGCCGAGUGAACGUGCUGACACUUUUGACGGCUCGAGAAAUACCGGAGAACGGCGAAGCUCAGAUUCUAUACAAACAACUAUCCCAACAGUCGGUGCCAGCUCUCUUCUCAUGCCAACUCGUCAAGCUGCUCCACUUUCGUCCGAGUUUCAAUGUCCAGAAUGCUUGAAAACUUAUUCCUGUCGCAAGAAUGUCAAACGUCAUCGCAUGGCUGUACAUAAACUGUCAGCUGAGGAAGUAUCAAGACCGAUGAGCGCUUCGCAUUCGAUGAGCAACAGCAAUGAUUCGACGUCGUACAGUCAACUGAGUCAGCCUUUGCCAAAUAGGAUGACAAUGGCAAGAAGCGAGUACAAAACUGAAGGGCAUAUGAUGAGCUCUCCUCAGCAGCUAAUCCAACAAAAUCGAUAUCAGGAUCGGGUGGACAACCCUUGGGGCAAUCAGCACGAAAUGCAGCAUCAGCAUGUGCAAGGCAGCUGGUCGAGAAGUAGAGAAUACGUGGACGAUGAGGAAAGUGCCGAGACGGCGAGAAUUGCUGCAGAACUGAAGCGAAGUGCUGAGCAGGAGAUGGCUGAAAUCGAAGGAAAGAAACCCCGCACUGAGCUUGCCGAAGCCGACACGACGUUCCAUGAAGAAACAGAACAAAGUAGCGCUCAUCCUUCGGAUGGUAACCGCAUGCAGGCCGCGGAUGGUUCAGUGAAUAGCGUGAAUGCGUCAGCGCAUUCUACAAUGAAUACAUGGAUGGAACAGAAACCUCUGGCAAUGGAAGCUGCCCAUGCAACUAGGUCAUCGUCGACAACAGCCGCUGUAGUACAGGGGAAUCAGACAUCAACGCGUGUCAACAAGAGACCACCGCAUGUCUGCGUGGAUUGUAAUCGUGUCUUGUCAUCUGACUAUUCACUUCGUCGUCAUCGUCUGACAUGCAUUGAAGCUCGCAACAAUGGUACAGCGCAAUCAGCAGGUCAAUCGGGAACGACUUCAACUAACUCAUCAUCCGUGGGAGGGGAAGAAUCGUCACAUUUGCAAGAUGUGAUGCUGGGGAGUGCUUACAUUGGAAAUGAUCGCAGUAGUGACUCAAUGAGUCUGUCUGAUCCAAUGCUGAGCCAUGUGGCGUUAUCAACACCACUGCAUCCGCAGAGUGUGCAGUUCAGCCGAUCCACAUCUUUGAGUGGGUCUGGCUCUUCUGCAGUUGAUGAAUGGUACGAGCGUCAUUCUCUGCGCAAAACCGAUGACGUGCCGGAUUCGACGACUAGCCAGAGACUUGAUCGCUCAACAUCUCCCGGCUUGCUUUCUACGUCGUCUGAGGGGGCGCAACCUGGAACACUUCAGUAUACCAGAAAACGCGCAAAUUCUGGUGGAACGAAUGCGCAAAAUGAGGGUGGUCCCUCACGUCCGCAGCACAAACAUCUUUGCCAGUUAGAUCGAUGCGAGGAGUUCGCGCUUACCGACGCAGAUGCAGUUGCGGAUUGGGACUCUGGCCGAGUAGCUCAUGUUAUAACGCAAGGAAUUUGAGCUCCAGCUUCUAUUAGUGCAACUGUAUGACCUCAGUUUACCAUAGCAUGUGCACUGCCUCAAUUUGCAAUCAGUCAUUUCAUAGACCUCAACUAAUAAGCUGAUGAUUUUUUUUCUGAAGUGCUGAACUCAUGUCUAAUGGUUUUGUAUGGACUAUACCUCUGCACCUCAGCUUUUCUCUCUCUUGUUUUAAUCGAAAUGUGUCGCAUAUAUUUCGCACUGUGCAUGGCUGCUGUUAGAGCUAUGUUCAAUGUACUCACUCUAAGCGCGCAAGGCGCCGUAGUAUACUGCCUACUAAAAGCUAUAAAAAGGUUUUUAAUUCUCGAUGAAUUCGUCCAAAAUAAACUAGGGGUUGUAAUCCUGUGAGUUCAUUCCUUGUUAUCAUUGAAUUCUCUUGGUCAUCAGUUUUCGAGCUUUAGCUUCAGGUUUUUCGUAUCUGGUCUCUUCAUUUUUUUCGAUUGCUUAAAGUACGAGUAUGUUGUGAGGAGAUAAUAAACUCUCAAAAAAUUC